AUGCUCCGGAAUCUCAUCCUCUGGCCCUGGAGCUGCUGCUGCUGCUGCUGCUUUUGCUUUUGGGGCUGAGUUUAAUAAGCGAGCGAGCGAGCGAGCAAGCGAACGCGGGGGGAAAAAGGCAGAGAAUGUCCGCCAUCUACCCUCCGCUCCUGGGCGCGCUCUCAUUCAUAGCAGCCUCUUCAUGAAUUACAGCUGAGGGGGGCGGGGGAGGGGGGGUACCACACAACACCCCAGCAAACCUCCGGGCCCCCAGGCAUGGCUAGCUCGUGUGCCGUGCAGGUGAAGCUGGAGCUGGGGCACCGCGCCCAGGUGAGGAAAAAACCCACCGUGGAAGGCUUCACCCACGACUGGAUGGUGUUCGUGCGCGGGCCGGAGCACAGUAACAUACAGCACUUUGUGGAGAAAGUCGUCUUCCACUUGCACGAAAGCUUUCCUAGGCCAAAAAGAGUGUGCAAAGAUCCACCUUACAAAGUAGAAGAAUCUGGGUAUGCUGGUUUCAUUUUGCCAAUUGAGGUUUAUUUUAAAAACAAGGAAGAACCUAAGAAGGUUCGUUUUGAUUAUGACUUAUUCCUGCAUCUUGAAGGCCAUCCACCAGUGAAUCACCUCCGCUGUGAAAAGCUUACCUUCAACAACCCCACAGAGGAGUUCAGAAGAAAGUUGCUGAAGGCAGGAGGGGACCCCAACAGGAGUAUCCAUCCCAGCGGCAGCAGCAGCAGCAGCAGUUGUAGCAGCAGCAGCAGCAGCAGUAGCAGCAGCAGCAGCAGCAGCAGCAGUAGCAGCAGCAGCAGCAGCAGCAGCAGCAGCAGUAGCAGCAGCAGCAGUUUUUCCAAGCCUCACAAAUUAACGAAGGAGCACAAGGAAAAACCUUCUAAAGACUCCAGAGAACAUAAAAGUGCCUUCAAAGAACCUUCCAGGGAUCACAACAAAUCUUCCAAAGAAUCCUCUAAGAAACCCAAAGAAAAUAAACCACUGAAAGAAGAAAAAAUCGUUCCUAAGAUGGCCUUCAAGGAACCGAAACCCAUGUCGAAAGAGCCAAAACCAGAUAGUAACUUACUCACGAUCACCAGUGGACAGCAAGAUAAGAAGGCUGCUAGUAAAAGACCCCCCAUUUCAGAUUCCGAAGAACUCUCAGCCAAAAAAAGGAAAAAGAGUAGCUCAGAGGCUUUAUUUAAAAGUUUUUCUAACGCGCCACCGCUGAUACUCACUUGUUCUGCUGAUAAAAAACAGAUAAAAGAUAAAUCUCAUGGCAAGAUGGGAAAGGUCAAAAUUGAAAGUGAGACGUCAGAGAAGAAGAAAUCAACUUUACCGCCAUUUGAUGAUAUUGUGGAUCCCAAUGAUUCCGACGUGGAGGAGAAUAUGUCCUCUAAAUCUGAUUCUGAACAACCCAGUCCUGCCAGUUCCAGCUCCAGCUCCAGCUCCAGCUUCACACCGUCCCAGACCAGGCAACAAGGUCCUUUAAGGUCUAUAAUGAAAGAUCUGCAUUCUGAUGACAAUGAGGAAGAAUCAGAUGAGGCAGAGGAUAAUGACAAUGACUCCGAAAUGGAGAGACCUGUAAAUAGAGGAGGCAGCCGAAGUCGCAGAGUUAGCUUAAGUGAUGGCAGUGAUAGUGAAAGCAGUUCUGCUUCCUCACCCCUACAUCACGAACCGCCACCACCCUUAUUAAAAACCAACAACAACCAGAUUCUUGAAGUGAAAAGUCCAAUAAAGCAAAGCAAAUCAGAUAAGCAAAUAAAGAAUGGUGAAUGUGACAAGGCAUACCUAGAUGAACUGGUAGAGCUUCACAGAAGGUUGAUGACGCUGAGGGAAAGACACAUUCUUCAGCAGAUUGUGAACCUUAUAGAAGAAACUGGACACUUUCAUAUCACAAACACAACAUUUGAUUUUGACCUUUGCUCGCUGGACAAAACCACAGUCCGUAAACUACAGAGUUACCUGGAAACAUCUGGAACAUCCUGAGGCUACAACAACUGGAUGCAUCAAAAACUCUGGUUUUUUUUUUGUUUUUUUUUUGGUUGUGAUUUUUUUUCUUGUUUGUUUAUAUGGAAACACUCAGAAUGAUGCAACCAAAAGGGAAAAAAUAAAAAGCAAACAACCUUCAGCUUUAUUUUUCUUUAAAGCCAGUCAUCAUCUCUUGAUAAAGGAGAGGUUAAGCAAACCAGCCUCAGCGGACCACUCUUCUCUCCAAGAAAAUCCCCGGGAAGAGUUAGCCUGGAUAGCCUUGAAAACAAACAGAUCAAAUACAACACGAGAAAACUUAAAGAAUGUGUAUGGUAUCAUGUAUCUCUCUCUGUGGUGGUUCAUUCCACAGGACGAAUGCAUAUUCAACACACUGCCUUAUUACAUAACUGAUCUAUUUAUUAUCGCAUACAGAUAUUCUAGAGUCGUUGAGGGAAUGACACCACAAGACAUUCUAAGUACUCGGUCCCGUGGAUGCUCUUUCAAUGCAGCGCCCUUGCCAUCCCAAGCCCAGUGACCUUACUCGUAUACCGUGCCACUCUCCACCAACUUUUUCCAAGUCCCUUAACUCGUUGCAGUCUGUAUUUUCCACCUUGUUUUUCCAGUCCCAGGACACAAAUGAUCAACUGGGGGGACCAAAUAGCCACCUUGAUUUUCUUCUUUGUGGUCUUUUUCCUGAAAGUUGGGGCCCAGUCCUUGGCUGUACCCAUAUAAUGAUCUUGGACCAUGGUUAGAAAAUGCACCAAAUAGGAUCAUACGAAUUGCUGUCUAGCCUUAGUCAAUAAACCUGUAGGACUUUUAAACAAACGUGUACCUGUAAACGUCCUGCAUCCAGCAUUGUUGAGAUGUCAUCAACAUCCUUGUGUCUGUUUUACUGUUACGGUAUUAGGUAAAUAUGGAAGUGAAUGCAUUCCACAGGAUCAUAAUUUUUAAAAGAGGAAUUCUGGUUCUGUUUUCUAAAGAAAUGUUGUAGAAAUUCUUAAUUUGGUUCUAUUUAUUAGUAAGAGUUUCAGCUUUCUUCGGCUGCCAGUGUGUUACCCAUCUUUACCAUAAAACCUGGAAGAAGAGAUUUUUGUUUGUUCACAUAUGAUCCUCUUAGACUCUUUUAUAUUUGAAAAAUUAAAAUCUUUCUUUGGGGGAAAAUUCUUGGUUAUUCUGCCAUAACAGAUUAUGUAUUAACUUGUAGAUUCAGCGGUUCGAUACCUGUUUAGUCACUUGCUUAUGUUUCCAGAAGGAUUUCUUGUAUUGGUGAAUAUAAAGAUGGUUGGGGAGGGGGGGAUAUUUUUGUUCUUGAUGUACCCUGUUUUGAAACUAGAAAUCUGUCCUGUGGCAUGCAAAAGAAAGCAAAUUAUUUUUAAAAGAAAAAAAAAAACCAAACCAAAGUACUUUUGGUGUCAUUAUUCCAUUCUCUCCAUAAGUGGAGAAUGCAAAAUGAGAACAGUUCAUCUUCCAAGUUUUUGCUAGGAAUUCAACCGAAAAGAAAAGAAACGAAGAAAUACUUCUGGAUCCAAAGGUUCGUUCACUGGAUCAGCCUUAAGAAAGUCUCUAUGUGUGCUCAUGGACCAGUAUCUCCCUUGUUUAUUCCCAUGCCAGAUGCUGUCUUUUCAUACAGAGAUUAACUAGUGUCUGUACAGAAAAUGGUCUUUCCAGACCCAUUCUUUUGGGCAGGAAUGUAAAUGCAGAUUGAUAAUGGAGUUAUUUCUGCAUUUCAACAAGGGGAUUUUUUUUUUUUUACAUUGUUUCUUUCUAUCCAGAGACACUAUCUUUUCCUUUAAAAAAAUUAUAAUACAGCCAUGCUCCUUGUAAAUUACUUUUCAGAAGCAUCCCAUUGAGGACAAGUGUACUUUUUCAAUAAUGUUAUGACUCUUGAUGAUUGGCAUGACCGACCUUGAAGCAUUUGUUUUGUAGUCCACUUCUCAAUGUUUAAUUACAGAGAAACUUUCUGAGUCAUUUUGGACAUUAGGUGACUGAUGAAUUGAGUGGUUUUAGUUGUGUUUUGUUUCUUUUUUUAACUUUACAGGUGAAAGGGGUGGGCAAUGCUUAUAUGGAAUUUUUUGCAACAUUUAAAAAUCUUUAAAAAUUUCUAAAUGCUAAUCCACAUAUUCUAAUUAAGCCAGAAAUGUAUGUGGUUUAACUAAAAUAUCUAUAUAGCUUAACUAGAAAUGUAUAUAUGUAGUUUGGGCCAUUUUUAUUUUUGUAUCUAAAUUGUGUGGCCAAAACCAUGAUUUGGCAAUGUAAAGAUUUUUUUGUUCCCUAGGUUACUAACCAAGAAACUGGUUAACAUAAGUAACCAGACAAAAAGGAUAGCAAGAAGGGAAGCUAUUACAGUGAUAAACUUUAAACCUAAAAUUUAGGUAAUAAAGUAAAUGUCUUCAGAAUAUCACCUGUAAAUUAAUAAAAUUCAGGAAACUUGCCCUUCUGUUAUUCAUAGAGACAGCAAAAUGAAUUUUCCAUGAAAUUCCAAUAGAAUAAGAGUCAUGCUGUUGAGUUUUUAGAAGUUGAACUCUUGCUCUCGUCUAAUUUUUAAAUGCAGAAAUAAUAAAUCCCCUUUCCAUUAAAUUCAAAUAGUUAUACUUAAAGUAACCCACUCAGUUCUGCCACGUUUAUAUACACUCACCUUUAAAACCUGUUAAAAGAUUUUUGGCAUGCGUGGAUUCUAACGGUGGCUUUGGUUUUUUUAAGCACAAAGGGAAAAUGGCAGGGUUUAAUUUUUUGGUCUAAAUAAAAUUAAUUGGGUGAGUGUGACUAUGGUUUAAGCCAGCCAGAGUAUGAUAAACUUUCUUUAAAUUUUCCCCCAGUAAUUUGAGGGGAAGGAAACAUGUACAGAACUUUUUUCCCCCCUUAUCAAUUACCUUUUGCCCCUGGUUUCGCAGCAGGAUAUGUAUGAGAGGGGGUGCUUCUAUCUUAGCAUAUAGCAGACGUGUUAGCAACAAAAAUGCUUGCAGCUAUUUUGUUUCUUCACCAUAAUCCACCUCUCUCUCUCUAUGCAGACAAAUAGAGAUGUCUAUAUAUGCUUGCAUAUUGUGUCAAAGUUGGGGAGAACAUAAAAACUUAAGAUUAGGAAACAAAAACUGUAGAGGAAAAAAGUCCUAGGAGAGUGUCCUAAACAUUUUAAAAUUGCGAAGCAAAUCUCUCUAAUCUGAAUAAUUACCCACAUUUUGUGGAAAGAGCCAAUAAAUUUGGUUCUCUUGCACUAAAAACUUUCUUCCACCAAAAAUGUUUCUCCUGAUAACUUUUACAGACCUAGCUACUCUUUAAAAUAGACAGUUUAGGCGUGCGUAACAUCCCACGUACUGUUUCAAGCCCCGCACAUGUUAACAAGUUGACAUAUUGUUUAAGAGAGACUUUAUUCGUAAAUGUUUUAACUCUCCCCAGGUGACAGAGUUGGAUGUUCAGUGUUGGAAGUGGUCAGUGCUGGUGUUGGGUGGUGUGUGUUCAUUUUUCUCACUGUGGAGGUGACCAGCUCUGGACUAGUUUGCUGCAUGCUCGUUACUUUCCACCCUUAGCAUUUUUGUGUACUAAUGCUUUGUACUCCAUAUGUACACACAUCUUAUCGUCUUGCUUUGGACUGUUGCUCUAAAGCUAUGAGUAUAAUGACUACUACAGCUGACAUGAAUGCUGAGGAGUCGAUUCCCAUGAUUUAGUCUAGUCGGGCUGGAAGUCUACAUCUUUUGACCUCUUUUGUUUUAUAUGAUGCCUUUUUAUCACGUAGGCACCGCCGUCCCCAAAUAUCCCUUGUAAAGAUGCAUUGAAGAAGUCAAAGGAAGACAAAGCCACGUCUGUCUGUAAACUGUAAAUAUGUAUUUUGGCGCUUGUACUCCAGUAUUCUGAAAAUAGAGUUAUGAUGGAAAUGCUGACAGAUCCUUAACGGUGGCCAGAGCUACCAUGCAGUGCAAAAAUAAAUUAAGUAAAUUGUAUUCUUGAGAUUAACAGCGCAAGGCCAGUACGUUUUAUAAAUCUGUCAGUAUCUUUUUUUUUAAUGGAGUGUGUAUGUGUAGUUAUGUUGAAAGAUACACUGUGUAUGUGUGUGUAGAUGCUAUUAUGUGAACUACAAGGCAUUCGUCAGAUGUAUUUCCCAUCUCUAAAACCCAUGUUGAAAUGUAAGUACAGAUGGACAGAAAUAGGUGUUUCACUUAAAUUCAUAUCGAAUCUGUUGUGGCUCCGUUUUCUUAACAAUUCAGUAAGACUGUACGUUGUAAAGAGUCAUUCGACCAAAGUUUGGUUUCCCUUUGCAUACAGGAAAGAUGAGCCCCCAGCCUUUCUCAAGAAGUGAUGCUGGUCUUAAGGAAGAAAGAAUGGCGAGAUCAGAACCAGCUGAGAGCACAGUUCGUGCCCCAUUCAUCUGUGAGUCCCUAGGGUCUAGCACCACUUUCUGUGUCCUAAAACCAGUACAUUCUUUAAGCUCUGCAGAGACUGGACAAGAAAUGGUAGGGUACAUUCUUGGAAUAAACCAGGUUACUUGUGCAUGGUGUUUUUUUUUCUUUUUCCCCCUAUUUCUCCCAGAGGUUUUGUUCAUAAUCUAAACAAAGGCCUUGCAUUUACUCUAAUGACAAGAAAUGCUACCUUGAUUGGACAGGAAGGAGAAAAACUACAUCAACAAAGAGAAUAGAAUACUUUCAGUUUGGCAAGGAACCAAGGAAUUGGAUGUAACGCUCUAUGUAAUGCUCUUUAAGAGUAAAGAGACAUUAGAUUUGAGAAACUCACCUUAUCUUCAGGCAACAAGCCAUGAGGGGAUGAUAGUGGACUGCCUGGUAUCUUAUCAACUAGCAACUGAUUUUAGGUGUGGAAACAUCAGUCCCAGAUGGGCUUGGCUGACAGUUAAGCUUUUGAAUGACCAGGCUUGAAUUGGACUAAUCUCUUCCCUUGUUUCAGCAUAGAUAUUCAUUUGUUUAUUUUAAAAUAAUGGCCUGGAAUUUUCUGCAGCAUGGAGAAAGUCAGGGUGGGCAUCCUGGGCCUGCUGAAGACAACUCAGGUUGUCAACUCCAAGUGCUCUCACACGGGAAGAGCACUGAGCCCCAGUUCCCCCCAGUACAUUUGUUUCACCGUCUCUCAGAAUUAUGGUCCCACUUGGAUACGCAAGGGGUCCUGGAGAGAGAUGGCAGCUCAACUGAGGCCUGACGCCAAGACCUCUCUGCUUGGGAAUUUGGGGAUAUAGUGUCCAAAACUAAUGAGCUGACUAGUGGAGUAGCUACAGGUAUUUUAUGGGUCUCCUUGCCUGGAAUACCACCCAAAUAGAGAAGCCUGAGCACACUUCAAGGCUUCUGCUUUCUCUGCCUGCUAAUAGUAUCCACACCUUCCUGUUUAUGUGGCCCCUUCCCUUUAGGGCCAUUUCCAGUCUUUUCCAGAGGUUGUUAACUUGCCCUGGGCUGUCAGCUUGGCCUCUUGGUCUUAAUUUCCCCUUAAUUAGAGAAGGGUGACCAAUGUGGUUCCCACGCGGUAGGGAGAGACGUACGUGGCACAAACGGAAAAACACUCCAGUAAUUAUAACUGGGCCCUAUAGCUGUCAAAUAACAGCAAAAAUAAUCUACCACCUGAAUGGGAAGGCUCCUUGAGUCCACGUUGAUGAUAACGCAGGGCGCUGGGCCGUCAGCACGGAAUAGGUGGCCACAGGGACUGGGGAGAUGGUGGUGAGUAAAGGCAAAGCAAUUUGCUCCUUUUCCCUUGUAAUCAUGUCUUCCAGCACAUGCGGGCCUCCACUGCAGGGCUCUGAAGUUUCAAAAGGGUAGAAAAGGAUAAAUCCAGGCCAUUAAAAGAAAAUAAUCAAAGCUAUUGAAAAGAUAAAACAAAUGAGUCGCACUAAAAGGGCCGUCUGUGCAAGUAAUAAGGUUGAAAUACUGAUACUGAUUUCCUAGCCGAACAGCAUUCCUCACACAUGUGGUUUGUGUAUCCGCGUCUGGGUGGGUGGUCUGGUGAGAAGUGCUAAAUGCAGCAAGAUGGCUUAGUUUUUGAGCAGUGGAGGGAAGCUUUGGGACAGGCUCAGCCCGUGGCAUCUAUAGCCCCUGCAACAUAAAGAGGCUUUCCUUUUGCUUUGUUCAAGGAGGGAAAGUUUUAACUUGGCUUAUUCAUUUCAAUAUGAGUCUCUGUUCUGCCCAGAAUCAAAGGGUAGGAGGUUUU